AUGAUCCCUUCCCGUUUGGACCAAGUCUUGUCUCAGAAAACAAGGAGUGAUGUUCCCAAGGCCAUGAUGGGGCCCAGGUUUGGGUCUGGUCAACCUGGCUCUGAAGGGGGUGCGUUUCGCUCAUCGCUCUCCUCCGCCGCUGCAGGAGCCCCAGAGGAACGGCCGGACAGCCGGGGCCCCUGGUCCCUGCCGCAACCCGCCGCCCCGACCGGCCUCAGAGGCAGGGAGCCCCCGCCCCUCGCUGCCCGCAGCCCCAGGGCGAGCUGCGGCCUCUCCGGGGCCCCUGCCUGCUCGCCUGCUCCCGGCUCAGCUCCCACUGCCCUGCACCUGCGGGCCUUCCCGCCCCUUCCGAGCCCGCAGGAGCUGGGGGCCUGGCUCCUCUCCCGCACGGGGACAGAAUGGGCUCCGCACACCGGCACAGGGCCCCGCGGUCCCCAGGCGCUUUCGGACGAGCGCCGCCUGCCUCCUGGGUCGCAAGGCGGGGGCCCAGCUGGAGUGAAGAAGGAAGCAAACAGAGGCAGCAGCAAGAAAGGAGGAGGAAGAGAGCAUUUUAGAAGCACGUCCGCGUGGAAUGCCGCGGAAGCCCUGUCGGAGCGACAACCAUGA